GCAAAAUGUGCUACUCUGUCUGAAAUCUCCCACCAAGAUAAUGACCCAAAACACACUGCUAAAAGCACUCAUGAAUGGCUCAUGAGCUGAAACAUGUCAGGAAAAGGCAGCCUUUAAAACCGCUACAGCAGAUUGCUCGCAAGGAGUGGGCCAAAAUACCUGUCCACAGGAGCGCCAGUCUCAAUGGGAGUGUGGAAACAGGUUUUAUCAUCUCACUUGUGCUUCACAAUAUUAAGUUCAAAGCACCAUCCAUUUUGUCCAGGCUGAUUUCAUUAUUAUCAUUUUUUAUGCUGUUGGAUCAUAUUAAAGCAAUAUUUGAUUUUCGUUGGAUAAUACUUUGGCAGGAGAGAUGGCAAUUUUGAGUUAUUUCAGUAAGCAGUUUUUUUCUUUAAGGGGAUGGUGCUGUCAAUUUUAUCCAUGUGUAUUUACAACUACGUCAGACAAACGCUGCAUCAAAAUCUUUUACAAAGCAUACCAGUUGUACAAGCCCUCCUCCUGUCAUGCAGCCUUUGUCAGUCCUCAUAUAUUGCCUAUGGUCCAGCCAGUUGAACUUCAUUCUCUAUCGGCCCAAUUUUUUGGCUUAACUCCACCUUUUGUUAAGACCUUCGCCUAUGGAAGGAGUUUUUACUUCUUCAUUGAUGCCAGGUGAGACAUUACCAGGUCCAAGGCUGGAGUUCAUGAAAGGUGUGACAAUGGUGUAUGAAUGAGGAGCUGCAAUGGUUGAUAGACUGACAUUGGCAAUUGUGGUGCAGAGGCUGGUUCUCCUCUGGAUAGGGCCGGCCUGUGAGGCCUCCUCCCUGGGGCUCACAGUUCAUGUUGUGCCCCUACAAAGCGAUGGAGGGCAAUCGGUGAGAGCUCAUUUCACCGUAAUUGCAUCCAAUCCAUGCCCGCCAUUAACCGGACUGUGUACUGAAGGGGUCAACUGCACCCUUCACAGAGCCUACUCCCCCUUCAGUGGUGCGAAACCUGGCUCAGGCUGGUGUGUUCGCCAGUGGGAGCAGGUGGUCCCCAGUCGCUACAAUAGCUCAGUCAGUUUGAACUCCAGCACCACCUUUUAUGUAUCACUGAAGGCAGGGCCACAUAUUCGCGCAAACUCUGGGAAACUCAAUCAUCCCGCCUAUGUUGCACUACCUCCCCCAAUAAGGGCCCGUGAGAACUGCCCUCACCACAUACAGCUGUCAGUGAAAGACCUGGAUGGAGACAGGGUACGAUGCCGCUUUGCUGUGGAAGAACAAGGGGAGUGUCUCAACUGUACUCCACACUCUUUUCUUGAGCUGGACAAGGAUGCAUGUGCUUUGUCGUUUACUGGAAGCGCAACAGUUGGCCAAUAUUUCAUCUACAUCAUGGCAGAGGACUACAUUCCUACCCCCAAAGUGAGCCAAACCAGUGAGAGCCAACCCCUCAGCUCCAUUCCGGUGCAUCUGUCCCUCACUGUGGAGCAGUCAUCCUCCAGCUGUUCAGAUGAGCCUGUGACAACAGGAAAGACCCCAAGAAAACAUGCAACAUUUUAUGUCCUGCCAUUCGAUGAAGUGAAGUUUGAGGCUAACUUCAUAUCCCAAAAAGAGAGUGUUUCAGAAAUAGCAGUUGUCGGCCAGCCUGGGCUCAUCAAGUAUGGCUUCUUUUCAAUCGGUGCCAUGUCGCAACUUUCCAUGUCCUGGGUCCGUGGGGAAAACACUCUCUGCCCUGUUCUUCCUAUCUGCUUUGUCGCCAAUUCUGUGAGUUUGCAGUCUGAACCUCACUGUGUGUGGCUCUUCCAAAGAGAAACGAGGACCCUUCCUGAUGGAACAGAGCUGAUUUGUAAUAAGACAGAGAUGACAUUGGUGCUUCCUGUUGGCUCGCUGAGCAAAAUCAACCUGACUGAGUUGCAACUCAACAGCCAUGCUUGUCCCAUCACCUUCAACGACACUCAUCUCACCGCACGCAUUGCUUUAAAUGGCUGCGGCACCAAAACUGUGCAUGCUGGUAGAGAGCUGGUCUACACUAACACCUUGAAAAGUGUGCGUCCUUUCUCUAUGAUCAGCCGUCAGCCCUCUUUCAUCCUCCCGCUGGCCUGCCGCAUCCCUGCAGUCCAAGCCAGAGACCCCGAUUUCAUCAUCACCGUGCCCACAACAGCCUUUGAUAAUGCCGAUGUUUGGCUAGAAUUUCACUUGCCAGGGGAAGGGCCGAUGGCAACAUACACAAACAAUCCACAAUUCACCAGCCUUAAUUUUAUGCCAAGAGGGUUGCAACACGAUUCAGCACAAGUGCAUCAAGAGCAACUGGGGUCCAGGAUCAAAGAGCUGGACCUCCAUUUGCUUUCCAACACAACUGUGGAGCGAGCUGAGUUUAGUAUCAAACUCUGUGUGCAGUCUGAAACGGAAGACUUUGCUGAAAGCCAAAUCAUUAUCAUGAACGGAUGCAAAGCCUCCGACACAACAAAAGAGAUUAAAGCAACACGCAAUACAAGAAUCUUUCGGCUUGAUUUGUCCGACCUCUUUCCAGCACAAAAUACGAUGUACGUUGAGUGUGAGGUGGAUCUGUGCAUCGCAUUUCUUCCCUCUCACCAGUGCGCAACACAGUGCGACCGGGGCUUGUCGAAUGGAGCGGCUCCCAACAUGCUGAACAAGGCCUUCACCGUCAGCUCCAGAACAAGUCUCCUUCAUGGCAGCGGGCUUGAUCUUUUAUAUUAUCUGCACAUUUCUUCAACACGUCUUUCUGGAAACAUUCAUGUAGUCUCUGUCUGUCAAAAGGAAAAGUUAUGUAGUCGUAAUGGAGUUGAUUAUGAUAAUAGGCAUUCAGUCAGUUUUAGUUUUGACAUGCCAUGUCAGACACCACUUUUAACCUUUUAUUCCAAAAUAUUUUUAUUAUUUUAUCCAUGUCAUUAUAAAAGUUAAAAAAGUAUAAAGCAAUGGUAAUAAAGAUUGUAAUUCAAAAUC